AUGUCAGCUGCACGCACCCGCCAGGAUUCGACCAUGGAGGAUCUGGAGCAAAAGCUGGCUGCCACCAUAGCACGUGGGUUCGACAGCAACGGCCAGCCAUGUGAAGGCUUCUACAACCUCACGCGACGUAUGGAGAAUGAAGAGGAUGAGCAAUUUGAUGUUGACCACACUAUUCAAGACUUUCUGGCAUACAAGGCAACAAGUGCUGUGUUCGAGUGGCAUGGCAGGACUGAUAAAUGGGACUCUGACCUGCCCAACGCGCUCGUCACGAUGACUGCUGCUUUUCGAUCACGACUGUUGCAAUUUGUUCUCUUGUUGACCCAUCGGUAUCACCCAACGCAAACAUGGACCAACGGAGACUCUCUGCGGAAGCUACGGCAGCAAAACAUGGCUCGUAUGACAAUAUGGUCACGUUCGCAUGGUCUCGAGAAGACCUCUUCAACCGCGAGUCGAAUCCUGGACGACGGAGUGAUUGCAUCUGCCCGCCAGCAUCGAGCUUCAGAACUAGCUCUGCCUUCGACUGUUCGCCUGAACCAGUUCAGCAACCCAGACCGGCCUGCACUUGACCAGCUACUGCCUUUGUUCAUCGAGCUUACAGCUGCACGUACCUGUCUCGGUGACGAAUGGGAACCUACAUCUGACUGGUUUGACUUGGCUGGUCAAUUUAUGCUGCAAGCUGUUAUCGAUCAGUACGUGACGAACGGUCAUUGUUCUGCUGAAUGCCUAACAGCAAUAUUCGCGUUCGGUGACCCGGGUGCCAAGCUUGGGAGCGAGGGAUCCGAUGUUACGGCCAUGCGCAGCUUGUUCUGUACUGGCGAUAGCUCGCGGACAGAGCUACCAGAGUGGAAAAGGAUAAGAGCCAUUUAUAUCAAAACAGCGAACGGUGUCUACCCUUUGCUCCAGAAUGGUGAGGACCCGUACCCAUACGUGAAGUUUGAGAGCAGCCUUCUCUCGUUUCUACAGCACCUGCAUGAGAGCGCAGCCAAGCCUGAUAUGGUACAAGUGGAAGAGGGCCAUAUCAAUGUAGACGGCAACGAGCUGUCAGAGGCCGAGUCCAAGGAGGUUAUCAGCCGUAUGAGGCUUGACGCGUAA